GAGAAGGGCUCCAACCCCCCAAAUCAAGAGGCCCAGAAGCCCAGUGAGACGCAGGAGGGGAAGCCGCCUCCCUCGGCCCAAGGAGGAGCUACAGAAGACCCCAAGAAGAAAGUGGGCGUGCUGAAGAGGAAGUUAGAGCCUAUCACAGUUGCUGAAACCUGGAAGGAUGGCCCUUACGUCUUCAUCCUUAGCAUCACAAACCCCUUGCCCAACUGGGAGAUCUCGAUUGACAUUCAGAUGAAACAUCCUGACUACAUCUACAUCUCCGCCUCGGAGUGGCCCCUCAAGGUGUUUUACAUGGUGAUGUGCAUCGUGUACGUGCUCUAUGGCGUGUUGUGGCUGAUCCUGCUGGCCUGCUACUGGCGGGACAUUCUGCGCAUCCAGUUCUGGAUCGGUGGCGUCAUCCUGCUGGGCAUGUUGGAGAAGGCCGUCUUCUACGCCGAAUUUCAGAGCAUUCAAAGCGAGGGAGAAUCAGUCCAAGGCGCCGUCAUCUUCGGCGAGGUGCUGUGUGCCGUGAAGCGCAUGUUGGCCCGGGUGCUCGUCAUUCUCGCCAGCCUGGGAUACGGCAUCGUCAAGCCGCGCCUGGGGGCCCUUCUCAACCGCGUGGUCGGCGUCGGGUUGAUGUACCUGGUCUUCUCUAUCAUCGAAGGCGUCCUGCGGGUGAAAUCGGAACAAGCUAACAUGGUCACCUUGACCUGCGAGAUAUUUCUCGCUUUUGUGGACUCCUGUAUCACCUGGUGGAUCCUGAUCAGCGUGGUGCAGACCAUGAAGCUGCUGAAGCUGCGAAGAAACCUGGUUAAACUCUCUCUCUACCGCCACUUCACCAACACCCUCAUCUUCGCCGUCAUAG